GCAUGCCAUCAGAAACGGAUCAAUUAGAAUCGUUUCCCCCAUUUUCUACAGACGGAUCAUCAUCAUCCGCCCACCUCGGCUCUGAUUUGACGAAUGUCCUGUGUCACGAUAAACCUCACCACCCUGCCUAUAUAAGAAACAGAAAGUUUCCCAACAUUCAAGCAAAAACAAAGUGUCCACAGACGAAGAGCAGACUUGAAGAAGCGCAUUUUUCCUGUGCGUAAAAAUAUAAAAGUGCCAAAAUCUUCCCGGAGAUGGAGAGGUCGGUCAGGUUCGCCGUGGUGUGCGUCGGAGUGUCUCUGCUCGUCUCCUGCCAGCCCGUGGAAGCCUGGUACAAGCAGAUGACCGGACCCAGCUACUACUCUGUGGGCCGCGCCUCCGGGCUGCUGUCCGGCAUCAGGAGGUCCCCGUACGUCCGGAGAGCCGAGUCCGAGGAGACGCUGAUGGACAGCGGGAAGGCGGCGGGGAACGACGUGAUCCCAGAGACCAACAGGCAAAUCUCCGUCCUGAAGAACAUGGCCAUCUGUCUGAAGGACAUCUCUCCAAACCUGAAGAGUUGCGAGUUGCUGCAGGACGGAACGGGCACCUUCCAGUGCAAGGCAGACGUCUUCCUCACCCUGGACUCCUUGGACUGCCUGUCCGCAUGAGCCCCCGUGACUCCUCUUCAUCGUCCUCCAAAAUAACCCAGAGAGACAGACAGAAAAACAGAACUUCUCUGGGAAAGCAGAAAAAAAAUCAAACUAGAGAAGAGGUUUGGAUGGAGAUUUGUUUCGAUGAUGGACCCUUGCAGAUCCUGAAUGUUCCUCCUUACUUAAACAAAAACAAAAAAAAAGCUAAAAAACAUUGUUCAGUUUUGCUUUUGGUUGCAUAGAAAAUAUGUAAACAAGGAAAAAAUAACGCUAGAAAGUUAGUUAAAGCCAUUUGCAUUUCAGCCCACUGCAUAAUAUACCAAAAUGUUCAUAAAUGUCCAGACGUUUCUCUGCAGUUUUCCAGAAUUCCUGUAAAUUACUUUUAUUUAUCUAUUAAAAUGAACAAACAAACAAUAUUAAA